CAGACGGAAACUGUGGUUCCUGUCCUUCCGGUGCCUCCACUGGUUUUCAGGGGGGGCUGACAUGUGACCAUGAUUUUCAACAAGAGCAGAAGUGAGCAGAGGAGAAUGCACAGUAGCUGUCCGCAGAGGGAGGAACCACCAUUCCCAGGCAGGAACUCCUCCUCCAGCGGCGUCCCCAAGGGCUGUUCCAUGGAGAACGAGCCUGGAAUCGUGUCUCCAUUUAAGCGAGUCUUCCUCAAAGGUGAGAAGAGCAGAGAUAAGAAAGCCCAGGAGAAGGUGGCAGAGCGGCGCCCCCUGCACACUGUGGUGCUGUCCCUGCCGGAGCGCGUGGAGCCCGACAGGCUGCUGAGCGACUACAUCGAGAAGGAGUACUUAGGCCAGUUAACGUCCAUUCCUGGGUACCUGAACCCAUCCAGUCGGACCGAGAUCCUCCACUUCAUAGACAAUGCAAAGAGGGCCCACCAGCUCCCCGGACACCUGACCCAGGAGCACGAUGCGGUCAUCAGCCUGUCCGCCUACAACGUCAAGCUGGCCUGGAGGGACGGGGAGGACACCAUCCUCCGAGUCCCCAUCCACGACAUUGCCGCCGUGUCCUAUGUGCGGGACGACGCCUCGCACCUGGUGGUCCUGAAGACAGCCCAGGACCCCGGCAUCUCCCCCAGCCAGAGUCUGUGUGCAGAAAGCUCCAGAGGCCUCGCCCCAGGCUCCCUGUCUGAGAGUGGAGUGGGGCCUGUGGAGGCCUGCUGCCUGGUGAUCCUGGCCACGGAGAGCAAGGUGGCGGCGGAGGAGCUGUGCUCCCUGCUCGGGCAGGUGUUCCAGAUCGUGUACACGGAGUCCACCAUCGACUUUCUGGACAGAGCCAUAUUCGAUGGGGCCUCCACACCCACCCACCACCUGUCCCUCCACAGUGACGACUCUUCCACCAAGGUGGACAUGAAGGAGCCGUACGAGACCGAUGCCAGCACCUUGCCCUUCCCGUCACCUGCCUCGACCCCAGUGCUCCCUGGGCCCGGGGGUUGCCACGGGGCAGGACCGGGCAGGACCGUCCCUUGCAGCUCCUUCCCUGAAUGUGGGCCCCACACCAAGACGGCGAGCGAGAGCGAGCUGAGCGCCACGGCCGCCGAGCUGCUGCAGGACUACAUGCUCACGCUGCGCACCAAGCUGUCCUCGCAGGAGAUCCAGCAGUUCGCGGCGCUGCUGCACGAGUACCGCGACGGGGCCUCGGUGCACGAGUUCUGCAUCAACCUGCGGCGGCUCUACGGGGACGGCCGCAAGUUCCUGCUGCUGGGUCUGCGGCCCUUCAUCCCCGAAAAGGACAGCCAGCAUUUCGAGAACUUCCUCGAAACCAUCGGGGUGAAAGAUGGCCGUGGCAUCAUCACCGACAGCUUCGGCCGGUGCCGGCGGGCCGCAAGCUCCACCUCCACCUCCAAUGGCAACAGGGCAGCAGGCAGCUCCGACGACCAGUCCGCACCCUCCGAGGGGGAUGAGUGGGACCGCAUGAUCUCAGACAUCAGCAAUGACAUCGAGGCGCUGGGCUGCAGCAUGGACCAGGACUCAGGCUGACGGUGCAGGGGCGCCCUCGGGCACACCCCUGUGUGGGGCUGGGCCGGGCCGGGCCAGGCCAGCUGCAGGGCCUCUACUGUGAAGGACCUGGGGCGGAGGCUGCCCUGGCCUCCUCACGGCGGCGCCGGGAAGGGCCUGUCUGCCGGCACCCGGGCAGCUGUUGGUUUUGCACAUGACGUUUCUAUCGAAACUCUCAGAGACCUUAAAAGAAGUUUACUGCAAUGUGAAUAAUUUAUCUCUGGUUGCCAGCGUGUUUCUGAUCCCGGUGGAAGCUGGUGUCUCCUGGCCUGGCCGGGGUCCACACACCCAGGACUCGGCACCACGGUCUGGGCACUGAGCCAAAGGGUGCCCUUUGGCAGACCCUGCCGGUGGGGAGCUGGGCCAGCUCUUGACCAGCCGGUGGGCAGGACCUGAUGGGGCAUUUGCUCCCUGGACGUGGGGCUGGGAACAGGUGUCCCAGGCACCUGUGGAUGUGAGUGUUAGGGCCUCACUCUGGGGACUCGGCACAGGCACCCUGAGGGGCACUGGCUGUCCUCUGGCCUCUCGUUUAAGCCACCAAGU